GAGCCAGACAGUUGGUGGUGUUUGUUCGCCCCAGCUGUUUCUCUCCCCCGCCCAGACCAGCCGCGAGCGAACCCCGCCGGACAUCUAGGCGCAAACGCGGGUCGGCAGAAGGUGGGGCGCGCAGGCGUCGCCGGGGGAGCGAGGUCGCGCAGGCGCGGACAGCGUUGGUUUGAAGAAGACCUUCAGCUUGCCCUGGUGGAGCGGAGACAGGCCGUGUGGUUGGAGAUAUGUGUAACACACCGACUUACUGUGACCUAGGGAAGGCUGCCAAGGAUGUCUUCAACAAAGGAUAUGGGUUUGGCAUGGUCAAAAUCGACCUAAAAACCAAGUCUUGUAGUGGAGUGGAAUUUUCUACUUCUGGUCAUGCUUACACCGAUACAGGGAAAGCAUCAGGCAACCUAGAGACCAAGUAUAAGGUCUGUAAUUAUGGACUUACCUUCACCCAAAAAUGGAACACAGACAAUACUCUUGGAACAGAAAUCUCUUUGGAGAAUAAGUUGGCUGAAGGGUUGAAACUGACUCUUGAUACCAUAUUUGUUCCGAACACAGGAAAGAAGAGUGGGAAGUUGAAGGCCUCCUAUAAACGGGAUUGUUUCAGUCUUGGCAGUAAUGUUGAUAUAGAUUUUUCUGGACCAACCAUCUAUGGCUGGGCUGUGUUGGCCUUUGAAGGCUGGCUUGCUGGCUAUCAGAUGAGUUUUGACACAGCCAAAUCCAAACUGUCACAGAAUAAUUUUGCCCUGGGUUAUAAGGCUGCAGAUUUCCAGCUGCACACUCAUGUGAAUGAUGGCACUGAAUUUGGAGGGUCUAUCUACCAGAAGGUUAAUGAGAAAAUUGAAACUUCAAUAAACCUUGCUUGGACAGCUGGGAGUAACAACACUCGUUUUGGCAUUGCUGCUAAAUACAAGUUGGAUUGUAGAACUUCUCUAUCUGCUAAAGUAAAUAAUGCCAGCCUGAUUGGACUUGGUUAUACUCAGACCCUUCGACCAGGAGUCAAACUGACCCUUUCAGCUUUGAUUGAUGGAAAGAACUUCAGUGCAGGAGGUCACAAGGUUGGGUUGGGAUUUGAACUAGAAGCUUAAUGUGGUUUUGAGUAAAGCAGCAGAUUUGGCCCUGGAAGUGAAGAGAAAUCAACCCACUAUGUUUUGGCCUUAAAAUUCUUCUGUGAAAUUUCAAAAGUGUGAACUUUCUAUUCUUCCAAAGAAUCGUACUCCUCCCCACGCUGAAAUCUAGAGAUUGCAAGUCCAUCCUAAGGGAGGUACUUGAAGGCAUGCAUGGAAGUUGUCAUGUUUGUGCCACAUUUCAGUUCAGUUCCUCAAUGUUAUUUUAAAUGUGUUUUUCAAUAACAGUAUAGUGUCUUGUUAUAAAGGAAAUGACCCAGUCCUCCAGUUUGUACGUCACGUCCUGCAUGUCCCACACCGCUUUUUCAUGACCUUUUAAUAUAUUGGUCUCUGUGCUAUAGUGGAAUCUUUGGUUUUUGCAUCAGAGUAAAAUAAAUCCAUCACAUUUUUGCUCAUAUGACUUGCUAGAGUGGUUUUCUUAUAUUUGAUGUGUUUUAGGUUUGUUUUGAAAAAUAACGUAAUGGGUGGGAUUUGCAUGUAGAAAUGAUAUGUCUACAGUAGUCAAGGAGUCAAAAUAAUAGACUCUUUAUUUCCCCUUAUGCUGUUGCCUGUCCCUUCCACUUUUGUUUACCUCACUCGUUUAUUGCUCUCAUGCAGUCGGCAGAGGGGUAGAAUAGUAAGUUUUACUUUCCUGGGCAGAAGCACAUCUGCUGAAGUACUUGCUUCCUAUCGUAUGAUAGGGUAGUAUCAAUUAGUAGUUUUGUAGAAAGGCAAACAGAUUUCUUGAGAAGGAGCGAGAGUGUGAGUGGGCAAAAGAUAGGGCAAAGGAAAGAGUACAUUAGGGGAAAUACUGUAGGGAAGAGAUGUUGAUAGGAUGAGGCCAGAGCUAGAGGAAGACACGUCUGUGACUCUUCCAGGGCCUCAGAAAAAUAUAUAUGUAUAUUUUUAAUUUUAUUAUGCUUUAGGUGAAAGUCUACAGCGCAAAUUAGUUUCUUACUCAAAAAUUU